CACAGCCCUGUUAGCGGCCUGGUACUUGUUCGAAAUAGCCAGCGAGCAAACCCCCUUCGCGUCCAAAGAGGACGAGUUUUUCAGGUGUGCGACCAUCGUGCAGACGUAUUUUCACACAGCCGCUUCCAAGCAAUCAUCGAAUCGAUCGGCAAACGUUUCUCCAUUUUCGUUCUCACCGCGAAAAAUCGUGGUCGAACCGAGCAAAGUUUCAUCGUGGAAAUCGUGGAGCGAUGCGAUGAAAUGGUGGAAGAAACCUGUUAAAAAGCUUAGUGAGAUUUACUCAACGAUGCCUGCGCUUGGGAUCGUUUCGAUAGAGGCUGACGGUGAAAAAAGCGGCGGAAAAAGCGGCGGAGAAAGCAGGAUCGAAAGAAUCCAUCGUUCGACGGGGAGGUCUAGUCGUAAAUUACAGACGUCUGAAUCUAUACCAAAGACAACGAUAACGACCUCGAAUAGUCCUCUUUACGAUAAGAUCUGGAUAUCGGAUGGUGCAUGUACCUGUUUCCGAUAUCUUUCAAACGUUCAAAGGUGAUUAGCAAGGAAGGUUGCCCUGGCAUGUGCGAUCAAUCUCAAAAUAAGGUACUGUUUCGUGGCGAUAAAAAAGCGCUAGAUAACGAGCCUAACACUUUUAAUUUCGAACUGCAUAACAAAAUAUACAAAAGCCGAUCGCGGCUACAAAAAUGGUUAAUAGGGCUGCUGAUCUUCCUAUUUGUAUCGUUGAUCGUAAUAAACACGUUCAACACGGAUCAGUUUCGAGCGGCACGGUAUGGAGCUAUUAUCAACGAUACCUCGCAAGACAAUUACGCGCAACUGAAGUCUUUGUUCGCGUCCAUAGCGAACUCCGGUUUCGUAGUCCGCAACAAAGGUUGUCGAAUUCCAGCGAUGGAUCCUUUCGAUUCAGCGAUCGCACGAUUUAUCGAGAAGGAAAAACCACUUAUUUGCGAGCACGGAAGUCAUUUACCGCUGGUCGAUUCGAACGACACAGCGCUCUACAUAAAUCCAAAUGCGAUCGGCCAUUUCUACAACAAUUCAGGGGAAAUCGAUUGCUGCUGGCGCCCGUUCUGGCGAACGAAGGACGAAGAUAACGUUGUUACGUACGGUAACGAGUGUUUUAAAUUCGAAAACGCGACGGCCGUAAACACCGAGUUUGUGAAAGUGGAAUGUUCGCGCAACAACGAGGUGAUAUACAAGGAUUAUCACGCGUUUGUACCUCGUUUCCCAUCGGUAGAGAGGAAAUACGAGCGAGCCAGAGCGACCGAUAUGAAAACUGAACAGCUCAGCGUGUUAAUAAUCGGCCUCGACUCGAUUUCACGACUAAAUUUUCAUCGUAUGAUGCCGAAUACUGUCCACGCGUUGAAAGAACUUGGAGCGGUUGAAUUCUUGGGUUACACCAAAGUGGCUGAUAACACGUAUCCGAAUUUAGUGCCUGUCUUAAGCGGCUUAUCCGAGAAACAACUGCACGAUCUAUGUUGGCAAACUAAAGAUAAAACGUUCGACGACUGCCCAUUCAUUUGGAAAAAUUUCAGCGCGUCUGGUUAUCGAACGGGUUUCGCCGAGGAUGCCUGUGGCAUGACCACCUUCAAUUAUCUAAAACGAGGCUUCCGAGUUCAACCGACUGACUAUUAUCUCAGACCAUUCUGUAUCGCAUCCGAGAAGGAUAUCGGUAAUACGCACAAAUUAAACGCGAAUCUCUGCGUGGGAACCAGAAAAACGUUCGAAAACUUACUGGACUACGCUAAGAAAUUCGCCUCGCGAUUUUACAGGGACCCGUACUUCGCGAUGAUCUGGCAAGCCAGCCUCACCCACGAUUUCUUCAACUAUCCGCAAUUAGGUGACAAUUCCUACUACAACCUCGUCACCUAUUUGUUCACGAAACGGUUGCUAAAUCGAACAGCGUUGAUAGUGAUGAGCGACCAUGGUAUGAGAUGGGGAAGCUUUCGGCAGACUUAUCAAGGAAGAAUGGAGGACAGCCUUCCGUUUGUGUUCGUGGUGAUGCCUCGAUGGUGGAAGGAAAAGUAUCAAGUAGCUUGGGCGAAUUUCCGAAGAAACACGCGCAGUCUAACAACAGCUUUCGACUUGCACGAGACCUUGAUCGACAUACUGCAUUCGGAAAAUCUGCAGGAACCGCGUCUUAAGGCCCGACUUCGAGCGAUGCCGAAAGAUGACAAUUUGCCCCGUGGAAUCAGCUGGUUUUUGCCGAUUCCUGACUACAGGACGUGCUCCAUGGCGGGUAUAGCUAGUCAUUGGUGCAUGUGUCAUAACAGCUACGAUGUUUCCUCGGACGACGAAAGUCUUCGGGACAAGGCAGUUUUCUUGGUCUCGGAAUUGAAUAACAUGCUGAACAAGUUCGUACAAUGCGCGGUAUUGAAAUUGAAAGAAAUUAAAGCGGCGAAAGCGUGGAAGGGCGAGGGUGAGAAGAACCAACUGAUCGAUUACACGAUCACGAUUCAAACGGAACCUGGUGACGCGAUAUUCGAGGGUACGAUACGGUACAGAAACGAGAGUAAGACCAACAAGUUGGUAGGAUCGGUUAGCAGAUUGAACGCGUACGGAAAACAAAGCGCCUGUGUCGAUGAAUUCAAUAUGAGGCUAUACUGCUAUUGUUUGUAGCUUUGUAGCUUGUUUGUCUGCGUCUUUUUAUCGUCUUUUUUUCUUCUUCUCCUCUUUCUUUCUAUUCUCAUUUUUCGAAAACUUCGAAGAGAUUCGCUUUGACCAACAUACUCUCGAAUGACUCUCGAAUGAAAUUAGAGUACGGUAGCCAGUAUACUGGUA